GAGAAUCCAAUCCGGUUUGAGCUAGUUCUUCUUCCAAUGGAACAUUAACGUCUCGCUGCGCUGUAUUAGACUGUCCUGGUACAGCCUUAUUCACAAUAUAGCCUGCCCCUGUCAUUUCUUCUGUAUUGAGUAACAUUUAGCUUUUUUUCUUUUUUCAAAACACCCCACGCAAACCAACCAUGCCUAAAAGGAGCAAAGCAGGAGGAGAAUCAGCGCCCAAGAGGAGAUCUCUCAGGUUGAAAGAAAGACCUGCACCUGCAAAGGCAGAGGCCAAACCUAAGCCAAAGAAGGGACCUGCUAAGCCUAAGAAAGCCAAGGAGGUGGAGAAAUCCAAGCCUGAGGAGAAAGCACCAGAGGCCCCUGCGGAGAAUGGAGAAGCCAAAGCUGAGGAAGAGGCACCAGCUACAGACACAGCCGAACAAAAAGAUGAGGCAGCAGAAUAGCAUCUCUCAUACCACAUCUUUUACCAGUGCUCCCUGUACCUCUUUUCUUGUACAAUUCAGGGGAAUAUUUUUAUCAACUAUUUUCUAAAUACAAGUUUUUUAGUAGUUUGAUUGUAGAGAACACUUUUUUUUAAUGAAAGAAAAAAUCAAUUUGGAGACGGGAAUUUCGUCACAUCCCACAAUUGUGCAUCGCCAUAAAGAAUUGCGGUCAUUGUUGUUACUGUCAGUGGAUUUAAUUUCAGUUUUAAAUGUGAAGGAAGGGAGGGUGCAGGACAGGUUACUGUGUCAAGUUUGUCAACACGCAAGCACAAUGUUCACAAGAACUGGGGCAACAACCGGAAGAGCUCGGCUGCGUGGAUUACAUUCCAUAUGCUUUAUAAGGGACUGCGUAUGUAAUCUGUGCUGGGGUGGGGAUGGACAAAAUCACAGGGCAACUUAUUGUUUUAUUGUUUCUAAUGAAGAACAGUGUUUUAGAAUGUGUGUAAGCUUUGUACUCAUGCAGUUUUCUUAAUCAAUCUGAUCAAUAAAGCUAAAAUCCCUAGUACUGGAGCUCUCCUUUUCAGAACUGUGCAUUGCGUGUGUUGGUUGUGUCUCUGUUCUGUGAUAGCAUCGCAAUAAAUUUGUAUAGCUGCUGUGAAAAAGGUUUUCAAUUUUCUAUAUGCAGUGUGUAAUGGUACAUUGUUAGGAUGGUAAAAAUGGAAUUUGUUUUCUUAGCCAAGUUAAUGAGGUGUGUAACCAUAAAAAGCAAACUGUUGAGACUGGCUUCCCAGUCCAACAGACAAACUGUACAUUUAUUUGAGAUGUCAAAUGCAUACCAGCAGUAGCAAUAUUCAUGUGGGUUUAAGAUAGUGUGCCGUUUCUUUUUAUUUGUUUAUAGAUGUACCUGUGUAAUGAUUUUACUGCCAAUAAAACUUGGUUGGUAGUUUUUA